UCGUAUAUAAACAUUGUUGCGAGGCUCAGAGUCACUGCAGCUGCUGAGAAGGAAGAGAGGAGCCGGAGAGGAGACAAGUUUCCAGACAAUAGCAGUCGGAGACAAUACAACAGUCCAAAAAAACAAGCGACAACGAACUCCAACGACGCAUUUUCACCGCUGAACUCUGACCGCACAAGCAUCUGACACUGUUGAAAUACUGCAGAGGACAAUCAUGCCUGAUGUCUUUACACCCGCUGAUACUGGCAGCUCACCCCCGUCUCCAGUGGACAGCAGUCCCAGGAGGCUGUCCUGGGGCAAGCUGGUCCAAAGACUGGCAGACUUCAGCACCAACACCGGCAGCAUUGAGUCGGUGUCCAACAAUGGCAGCAGGAGUGAUCUCUCAGACUCCGGAUCGGACGUGUCCGGCGACCUGUCCCCGUCUGUCGACGACCUGUUCUACGACCCGAUGGAGGAGACGAUCCUGAAAGAAGUGGUGGACAUCAUCGCGGGGAGUUUGAGGGAGGCGAAGGACUCGGACUGCGCCUUGAGGUGCUCCAAGCUCCUCAUCCCCGAGAAACUCCUGGAGCACAUCGGGCAGGAGCUCCUCCACCUGGCAGCUAGCGAGCCCUGCGGCCUCAGAGGGGCCCUCAUCGACCUCUGCGUGGACCACGGGGACGUCUGCGAGAGCAUAGGACAGCUUUCCGUGGACCCGUACCUCGUCCCCACCUUUCAGCUGACUCUGGUGUUGAGGCUGGAGUCUGGAGGCCUGUGGCCCAAGAUCCAAGGACUGUUCACCACGAAAUCUCCUUCCACUCCAGUAGUGAGGCAAGCUAUCAAACUUAGCACCGGCUUCCGUGUGAUCAAGAAGAAACUGUACAGCUCCGAGGAUCUGCUCAUUGAAGAAUGUUGAGAAAUGCAAGGGAUUGUGCGCUAUUUUGUCCGUGAAGCGACAAGUAAAAGCUCACUGAAGGGCCUUAUUUUGACAUGUAUGUGAUGCCUUCUGCAGGGUUCAGGAUGUAGCCCGGUGUUCCCGGUGUAAAGGAGCUCGUGAAGUUAAAUGGUACCCGGAGCAGGAGUUCAUUCAGCACUUGCUCGCUGACGUCAUGAUUUUCUAAGUGUAGCCUUUCACGCUGUACCCGGUAAAAGAGGCAUUUUACGAGUGCGUACCUCAGUUUCUAUUGAAACCGUAACUACGGCAGCUAGCUCUAUCAUUAUAGUCCAUUGUGUUGUCUUUUUUUUUUUGUUUGAUUUUUAUAUAUAUACACACAUGAUCAGAGUCAAACUGAUGUAUGAACUGUACGACAAAGUCCUGCCUGCCGAGGGGCAGUUUGUGCGAGACUUAAAAAGACUGCAAAUGUAACGUGUUCGUGUAGACCUGUCCUGCUUUCAACUUUAUUUGAUAUUCAAAGACUCAUAACAUUGCACUGUUUUUGUACUUUCAUGACCGCAAAUAAAUUAUUAUUUUUUAACAAG